ACCACCCCAAGAAUUGUCCCCUCAAGGUACUUUCAAGACAUGGGUUUCAUCUCUCUUUUGUUUGAGUCUACAAAUUUCUCAUUUUCUUUCCGGUUCAUGUCCUCUUACUGUCUUGCUCUUAGCAAGAAAGCAACAUUUGACUGUAACAAUGGUAAUAGUUUCUAACAAGCUUCAAUCCCCCAAUUGACUGCUAUGGACACAGAUGGGUGAGUUAAUGUUGCCUGAAGUUUCUUUGAACAGGUAUGUUGAUGAAAAGGGCAGAAUUGUAUCAGGAGUAUGUGAAGUGCCUAUCCCAGCACAGCGGGGCUCUUUCAUCCCAUUUACAUCAUGGAUGGGAUUAGGUAGAUUGAUCAAGCAAUUAUAUGGCCAACCCUUGCAUUACCUCCACAACAUUCUCCUAACACAGUGGGACCAACUGAGAUUUGGAAGUGAGGAUAAAGACAGGCCUCUGGAUAUCAUCGUUCAUCCUUGUAAAGCUGAAGCCACUAUCUGGCUCAUUGAAGAAACCCAUCGGCACACCACAUCUUCCCAUCACAUAGCUCAACUCUGGCUGUUAUAUCCAAUGCAUGAUGCUUUUGUUGAUCCCAUCUUCCCUGAGUUGUGAUGUUUCAUUUGUUCACUUCUAACCUAUUUGCUGAUUCUGUGUAAUGUUUCUUACAACUCAAUAGAGCCUUGACGCUGCU